AUGCUCUUCCCGGCGAAUCUACUCCCCAACAGUCCACCUCUUGACACAAAGAAGGCGUUGAUAUUGUUGGACUUCCAGAAUGACUUCGUCAGCCACGAUGGAAAACUAUCUGUCGAAAACGUUCGGGGCUUCCUACCCAACCUGACCACCCUUGUUAAAGAGUUCCGCACGAAAGGAGAUGUGAUAUGGGCUGGAACCGAAUACAGGCAAUCUCGUUCCACUCGGUCUGCUGUGACAGGGUCUCAUUCCAUCCUCCUUAAGCAGUUCCUGCAGGGGCAAGACAAUGAUGACGAAGAAGGUGUGCAUUAUAACGAUCCUAUUUACACUCGCUCACCUGCCGAAGCUCCUCUCUCCCCAACAAAGACCCCGGACCGCUGGCAUGAUCGUGAAGCCUUCCUUACCCCAACCAUGACAAUGACACGCCACAGGUGUUGUUUGCCCGGCUCUACUGGUAUUCGGUACCCAAAAGCUAUCGAGUCUACCAUGGAUCCUCAGAAAGAUUUGAUAAUGCUCAAAUCUCACUAUUCGGCAUUCGUUGACACUCAACUUCUGAUGCAUCUCAGGACAAGACUAAUCACCCAAAUCUAUGUCUGUGGGUCGCUUUCGAACAUUUCCGUUUAUGCAACUGUCCUUGAUGCCGUAUGUCACGGCCUAGAGGUGACUAUCAUCGAGGACUGUCUCGGCUAUCGUGACGAGAUGUGUCAUACCGAGGCCGUACGGCAGAUGGCCGACAGCAUGGGAGCAAAUGGUAUCGACUGCCAAGAACUUCGAGACGAUAUUGCUGGUCUGUUGGGCGAUGUGAUCAAAGAGGAAGAUUUCACCACCAAAUUCCAAGUCAGCUUGCCGCGUCCAACAUGCCGGACAAAGUCGCACACGUCCAAAAGUCAGAUUCGCAACUGGAUAUCCAACGUGGAAAGUGACGAGUUUAUUACUCCCCCGCCGGAAAUGGAAAGAAAGUCUUCGAAAAGGAUCGGAAAUAUAGGUGACAGCAAAAGGGAUAAUGACUCCAAGGGUGACUCACUGAAGAUCUCACCCCAUGCCACUUCAAGCGAGCAAAGCCCCCCACGAAAGAGGUCAACUAGCGACGUUGAUUCUUUAGAAGAGAAUCGGAGCUGCAAAUUGUCCCAUAAACCAUCCACGAGGCGCAGCUCGGAGAAUAGUCGCAACUCAGAAAUGGCGAAGCAGAAACAGAAACCCUCAGCCAGGAAACGAUGGCCCUCUCAGGACACCUUUCAACAGCCACCUAAGCAUAGUAUGACCAGCGUUACUGAGCAUGUUUUACCAACUAUGGCUGAUAUUGCGGACAAAAAUCCGAGUCUUGAUACCAAAAAGAACGAGGAACACAAUGCAUUUUCAAAGCUGUACAGUGAGCAUCAUCCGUGCGGACAGAAGAAGAAGAAUAAAAGCGUACCCAAUAUUGUUGGUCAAGGGGAUAGGAUUGGCAACGGUGAUUGCCAGCUUUGUAUCGACGUGAUCGAAAGUGAAGAGGCUGAGAAUGCCUUCUACGCUCUGAGAGAUCAAGUACAGUGGAACAAAAUGUACCACCGUUCGGGAGAAGUGCCUCGUUUGGUCGCUGUCCAGGGUGAGAUAAGUGGAAAUGGUUCUAAAUCCCCCAUCUAUAGACACCCCGCGGACGAGUCGCCUGAAUUGCUUCCCUUUGACAGUACGGUCGGCAUGUUAAAAAGAGCCGCCGAAAGGGCUGCCGGGCACUCCUUCAACCACUGUCUCAUCCAGUGGUACCGAAACAGCGAAGAUAAUAUUUCAGAACACUCUGACAAGACGCUCGACAUUGUUCGCGGGUCCAGUAUCGUGAACUUCAGUCUGGGUGCCCAGCGGACGAUGAUCUUGCGGAUGAAGAAGACAGCAAUAAGAACAGAGGGUGGCCAUCGCGAGGACGACCAUUCACGGCCAUCCCAGCGUAUUCAUCUUGCGCACAAUUCCCUUUUCAUUCUCGGCGAGGAGACCAACCAGUAUUGGUUGCACUCGAUUCGAGCGGACAAACGGCCUGCAACGGAAAAGGACGCCGCCGAGCGUGCAUUCGAAGGCCAACGGAUAAGUCUGACAUUUCGACAAAUCGGGACAUUUAUCGACUCUAAAGAAAGCACCAUCUGGGGCCAGGGUGCCCGAGGCAAGAAGGAAAAAGAUGCCCGCAAACUGCUCAAAGGGGUCGAGGCAGAGGCCGAGGGGGAGGUCAUGAUCCGGGCGUUCGGUCAAGAAAAUCACGCCAGCGCCGACUGGAAUUGGGACGAGGUAUACGGAAAGGGUUUUGAUGUUGUCAACUUUGGCGUCAAGACUGAUGCAACCGUGCCGGUUGAUCCCGAGACUGCCCAUGCUGUCUCGUGA